AUGAUAGGACAUGAAUUUGUUUUAUAUAAUAUAAAAGAUUCUUAAAUAACAUAAAAGUUAGAAAGCAUAUAAUUACCUUGUAUUCCAACAAAGAUGAUAUUUUUAGAACAAAGCCAAUAAAUUUAUAUUAAAAAACAAAGACUAUUUAAUAUUGCUAAAUUUAUCAUAACUACACCAAAUUUCCUUGGUCUAAUUUGA